AUGUAGCAAUAAAAAAGAGAGAAAACUAUUACGUUUUAAGGUGGCUAAUAAUAAAUAUAACAAGAAAAUUAAUAUUAGCCAGUUAAAGGAUAGCAUUCAGAAGGAUAAUAGUAUUAUUUGUUAUUUGAACUAUUAUUAGGUAUCAAAAUAAUCCCUAAUCUCAACAAAUAAUUCCUUUUUCAGCAUAUGCUUAAUAUGCUUAAUACCCUUAAUAACUUAAUAAUGCAAGUCUUUAUAAAACAGAUCAACCAUUGCACCCUAUUGAUUAAAAAAAAAUGGAUUUAAGAUCAUUUAAAAGGCUGUAUAGAUUCUUAUGCAAAAUAGUUUUUUUGCUUUCAAUUUUCUAUUGUUAUGUUAAUUAUCUACCUUUACAUUUAUUAGAUGCUAUGCUGAAUUUUAAUAUGGAGGAAGAGCAGAGAGGACAGCUGGUAUCAUGUUUAUUAUCUCGUAAUUAAUUUCUAAUAAUCAAGGUUUGUCAUUUUUACUAUUGGAAUUAGUAUAAGUAUAUGUUCAAAAAGGACCUUUUUAUAUUACUAAGUUAUAAUGGUCAUAGGUUUAAUAUUUGAAAUAAGUGGAUCUAUUAUAAUAUUUGCCUCUAUUAAUUAUUUAGACUAUAAUUUAUAUUAUUAAGAGGAUGAAGAAAAAUAACCAAAAGAGGCUGGGUAUCAAUUAAAUAUAAACAAUUAGAUUGA